AUGCAUCUACCUCUGUCACGUGAUGAAUGGGAUUACGUUGCAUCUCUCCAUAACGCUGCUUACGUGGGCGACGAUAGGACCACCGACUCGCUCAAGCGGAAGUUCGCCAAACUGCACCGCAAGCGCAUCCCGACGGACGACCUGAGCAUUCCUGCGAACGUCUUGCAGGCGAAGCGCGUUCGCCUGGAGAUGACUCGUCGAGCAGAUUUGGGCGACGGGGAAGAUGCUGCGACAGAGGCAGCAAUAGAUUUAGUAGCCACAACCCCUACUCCACCGAGCGGUAGCGCGUACGUUGGGAGGAAUGCCACGAAGAACGCGCUCACCGAGAAGAAGGACGAGCGCGACGUGAGGAAGACCGAGAAGCGGAGCGUCGUCAGCGUCAAGAAGAUCGAGAAGAGGACCGCCGACGCCACCAAGAACUACUGA